AUGUGGCAACAUGGUUUUUGUCAAGAUAACAUGGCCCUUCUACCGCUACUCAUCGACGACAGUUGGCUGGCUCCCCGUCGCGACACGCUCAGAAGAAACCUGUGCGACGUACGCGACCUCUUCCACCCCCUGAGCGUCGUCUCCAACCUCCUGGACUCCCCCGAACACCUCCGGGACCUGCACGCGGCCCUCCAGCAGGCGGCCGGCGCUCAGGUGACCAUCGACAAGGACAGGUUCCAGGCGAACUUCGACGUGCAGCACUUCAAGCCCGAGGAGAUCACGGUGAAGGUGACUGGCGACAACGCCGUCACGGUGGAGGCCAAGCACGAGGAGAAGCAGGACGAACACGGCCAGAUCUACAGGCACUUCGUGAGGAAGUACGUGCUGCCCGAGAAGUGCGACGUGAGCAGGCUGGAGUCGAGGCUGUCUUCGGACGGGGUUCUCACCAUCACGGCGCCGACCAUCGGGGAGAAGGUCGAGCAUAAGGCUAUUCCCAUUACGCAAACUGGAAAGCCGGCUAGGUCUGUCGAGAAGAAGAGAGCCGAGGAGCCAAGGAGCCGAAGCGAAUGA